AUGAUGAGGACACUACCUCGUAUGGAUCCUUACGACAAGGACUUCAGAAGAACCAUGUAUAUUAGAUAUGCCGACGACUUCGUGAUCCUGUUCGAAGGACCAAAAUCCGAAAUAGCCGACAUAAAAGAAAAGAUAAAAACUUUCCUGUAUGAAGAAUGUGGCCUAGAGUUAAAUACCGAGAAGACGGUAAUAACUCAUAUGACCAAAAGCGAGGGGGGGCCCGAAGGGCCACCCCUUGCAGCCCCCCGGGAGGGGGGCGGCUUUAACUUCCUGGGAGCAAAGAUAAGAACUCUGGCUAAUAACGAUUAUAGAAUGAAAAACAAAACCGUAGCGGGGGCUCCAAUCACUAUGAGGGCUCAAGUAAGAAUAAGGGUUAAUAUGCCCACAGUUGAGUUACUGGAGAAACUUAUAAAGGCCGGAAUCGCGAAAAGAGACAAACUCCGCAAUAUUGUUGCUAAACCAUAUACUACAAUGGUUAAUGCGGAUCACGCUACAAUCAUCCAAUUCUAUAACGCCAAAAUAAACGGUAUUAUCAAUUACUACACAUUCGCCGCAAACAGAGUUAAAGGUCUAAACCUGAUCUGA